CUGACGUAAUAAUCUUUACUCUGUUUCAAUCAUGUCUGCUCCGGGAUUUCCUUGGUUUAAAGUCACAGGAGCAACGGCUGGCUUAUUGGGCCUAGGCUACCUUCUCAUGAAAACUACCGUUCCCUCCGAAGAGCAACUAUACAAUAGAAUGCCGCCUGACAUGCAACGUAAAGUGGAUGCAGCUCGAGCUGCGCGACUUGAAAGAGAAGAACAAACUACUCGGCAACUACAAGCGCAGUCAGCACAGGAUGAUAGCGAUCCCGAUUUGCGAAAACCCAUAUGGGACUCUUCUCGCAGGAAAUGAGGCCCGGGAGCGGCUGUAUUGAUGUAUCUGCUUACGCUUUGCCGGUCCCGUCGAGGAAAAUUUUUGGACAUGUGUCGUCAUUCAGUGUAACCGAGACUUCUAAGUUCGCGCUUAGAACCAUGAAAAUAUUUAUAGUUAUCGGAAACAAGUUAAUUACUAGUGAACGGAGAUGACGAGAGAAAAACUGGGAGCGGUGUUGAAUGCUAGUACUUAAAUAAGCUGAGGCGCACUAUUAUG